CUUGUUAUAAAUACCCUCCCUUCCUCACCUCGCCAUCUUCAUAAGUAAUCCAAUCUCCUCUAGAUCUCUCCCUUCUCCACCAGAUGGAGAAGAAGGAAUCAACCACUUCCAGCCAUGUAGGCAUGUGCGAGAAGCUCUUCCAUGCCUUCAACCCUGCUUCCCGACCACAUCGCCGCCUCACUCUCCACCAUCAAGGACCUGGAGCCUCACCCAAUCCUUCUCCAUUGAAAGAACCCACUCCUCAAAAAGCACUUCCCACUCCAGCGAAACCCGGACCACUCUCAGCUGAUCAGAAGAAACCAUCCGAGGCCAUUGCACCCAAGGCUGAACCAAAGCGAACGACCACACCACCGCCAACACCAUCGGUGCCAGUUCAGAAGGUCCCCGACAAGCUGGGGUUGGCCUCAGCACCGCCAAAGGCAGCGAAAAUGCCACAACCUGCACCACCAAAGGCAGCGGCGACUCCACAACCACUGCCACAGCCAGCACCACCACAGGGGGCGGCGGCGGCUGCGGCGCCAACAGAAAAGCCAAAGAAGAAUAUUAAUGAGAAAGUGGAGGAUUAUAUCAAACGCACGAAGGACAGGCUCAGGAGUGUUUCUGGGAUUGGAAGGACACCCACCAUUAAAUGAAGGAGUGCUUACUUGGUGGUGGAAUAAGAAAGCAGAUCUUGCCUCCAUAUCUAUGUAUGUCCUGGCUUCAAAUUGCCGAUAAGUUAUACUUGUCAACAGAAUCCGUUUGAUAUAUGUUCACCGAUCUAUAUACGAGUUCGAGAGCAUAUGGUGUACGUUCUUAAAGAAUAAAUUUGUAUGUGAGCCAGAAAACCCUCUCUUGGUUUCUCGCUGUAUGACUACUAGAGUCCAUAAAAUAGAAAGAGCGAGUUGUACAUGAGCAGCUUGUGCUCUUUGUUUGGGAUAUAAACCAAGUCUUAUUUUACCGCUCAGUUAGUUAAUAACAGGUCAAGCCUUUCAAGCUCUUUCAUUA